AUGCCAAGAGGAACGCACAGUAGUCUUAUUUUAAAAAACCCGGACGCAGACAAAGUUCAUCCAGAGAUUAGGAAAGCAUGCGAGAAAUUCAUAAUUUCCGAUGACAAUCUUAUGAAGGUCUCAAAAAUCAUGGAAGAUGAAAUGAACCGAGGUUUACGGGACGAACCCAGCUGCCUGAAAAUGUUACCAUCGUUCGUUCGGGCAGUUCCAAACGGUACUGAGCGAGGCGAUUUCCUUGCACUUGAUCUUGGCGGUACUAAUUUUCGAGUGCUGCUAAUUAAGUUAAAAGGUAAUGUGGCCGAAAUGACUGGCAAAGUAUACCGCAUACCAGAGGAAAUUAUGCGAGGUGUUGGCACCGUGCUAUUUGAUCACAUUGGACAGUGCUUAGCGGAUUUCCUAGAAGAACAUGACUUGAAAGAAUCUAAAGAUUUACCACUUGGUUUCACAUUCUCAUUCCCUGUACAACAAGAAAAUCUCACCUCUGGCAAACUUAUUAGCUGGACGAAAGGUUUUAAUGCAAAAGGAGUAGAAGGUCAUGAUGUUGUCGAGUUUCUCCGAGAUGCAUGUAAUCGACGUAAGGAUAUUAGUGUCGAUGUGGUAGCACUGCUUAAUGAUACAGUCGGCACAUUGAUGGCAUGUGCCUUCAAGGACAAUACUUGUCAAGUCGGCAUUAUUCUUGGUACUGGCACAAAUGCAUGCUACAUGGAAAAGCUCUCCAAUUGCCAAAAACUUAACAAAUAUGGUUUUGAUAAGGACAAUGAUCCAAAAGAAAUGAUCAUAAAUAUGGAAUGGGGAGCUUUCGGCGAUAAUGGCUGCAUAGAUUUUCUUCGUACAGAAUUUGACAAGGAUGUCGAUCGUGGCUCCAUCAAUCCGGGUAAACAUCUCUUUGAAAAGAUGAUCUCUGGGAUGUACAUGGGAGAAAUUGUGCGCCUUAUUCUUGUAAAACUUGCAAAAGCCAAAAUGCUCUUCGAUGGUGAUUAUGAAGCUAUUUCAAAGCGAGAUUGUUUUCCAACCAAAUUUGUCUCCGAUAUUGAGGAGCAAAAAGGUCUUGGAGAUUUGCAAAGAACACUUCAGAUUUUGCAACAAAUCGGGAUCAAUAAGAUAAGUGAUAGCGAUUGCUUCCAUGUUGCAUACGUUUGCGAAGUAGUCAGCACUCGAGCUGCAUAUCUCACUGCAGCAGGUAUAUCAUGCAUUUUGUCUCGUAUGCAAAAGAAGUUUGUAACAGUGGGAAUUGAUGGAUCCGUAUAUCGGUUUCAUCCAAAAUUUGACAAAGUUCUCGAUGCGAAAAUCAACGAUUUACUACCAAAAAAUCUCGAUAAGACGGAAGUGGCCGCGGAGCAGCGCUUGUUGCUGCUGUUGCCGAUCGGAUUAGAAAAGAAAGCAAAUAAGCUAUGGCAUUGCAUUCUGUGCCAGAGAGACAUCGAGCAAUCUGAUCUGAGUAGUUCGCACAAAAUCCAAAGAAUUCGAUUUGUAAAACGUGAAACUGCAAAUGAUACCAUAGUGGGCCCACCAAGUAGUAAAGGACAACGAGGUCCACGAGGUCCAACAGGUCCACCAGGAGCUCAAGGCGAAAGAGGACGGCGCGGUCAGAAAGGUCCGCGUGGUCCACCUGGUUCACCCGGCCCACCUGGUCCAAAGGGUAAAGAAAGAAGAAGCUUUGAAAAACCAGCAUUGGUGGGAAUAGCAGUGGGUUCGCUGAUUGCAUGUUCGCUAGCACUGAUAUUUUUCCUCCUAUCAGCAACUCGAGUGAUAUUGGGAGGUUCGCAUGAUGCUGAGGAAGAGUAA